GUUACAGUAGCCAUCGAAGGAUUAUACCAGCAAUGGAUCAAGAACAAAAAUGAUUCGGACUAACUUUUGGUGGAGAUGAAGAGAUGAUUUUUCGAAGUAAAUCUAAAUGUGGUAUUCAAGAUAGUUGUAGGGAAGAGAUUUGUAGAGUGUAAUAAAGGCGAUGAAGGUAGAGAUAGUGAUGAUGACUGGAGAUCAGCACUGAGAGAUUUUUUCAAACUCAUGGGGAAGUUUGUAGUGUCAGAUGCGUUUCCAUUCCUAAGGUGGCUAGAUUUUGGCGGGGAUGAGAAGGAGAUGAAGAAGACUGCAAAAGAGCUGGACAAUAUAAUUGGAGGAUGGUUGCACGAACACAAGCAGAAGAGAGCUUCGGGCGUGGUAUAUAAGUGGGGAGGAGAAGACUUCAUGGAUAUGUUAUUGUCAAUCCUGCAAGACGCAAAAGAGCUUUCUAACCGAGAUGUUGAUACUAUCAACAAAUCUACCUGCCUGGCUAUAAUUCUAGCAGCUUCAGACACUACAUCGGUGACGCUAACUUGGACUUUGUCAUUAAUACUCAACAAUCGCCAUGUCCUAAAGAAAGCACAACAAGAAUUGGACACCCUUGUCGGUAGAGAAAGGCAAGUGAAGGAAUCAGACAUGAAGGAUUUGGUUUACCUUCAAGCCAUCAUCAAAGAAUCGUUUAGGUUGUAUCCUGCUGCUCCAUUAUCGGUGCCACACGAAUCCAUAGAAGAUUGCAGUGUAGGAGGCUAUCACAUUCCAGCAGGUACACGCCUUAUUGUAAAUGUUUCAAAAAUUCAUAGAGAUUCACGAAUGUGGUUGAAUCCUUCAGAGUUUAUACCAGAGAGGUUUCUCACAACCCACAAGGAUGUUGAUGUUAAGGGCCAGAAUUUUGAGCUACUACCAUUCGGCAGUGGAAGAAGAAUGUGUCCUGGAGUCUCAUUUGCUCUUCAAGUUUUGAACCUUACACUUGCUACUUUGUUACAUUCUUUCGAAAUUGAAACUCCUUCAGGCCAACCAGUUGAUAUGAGUGAGAGUGCUGGAAUGACCAACCUCAAAUCCAACCCUGUAGAUGUUCUUCUUACGCCGCGCCUUCCUCCACCCCUUUAUGCUGCUACCAAUUAAUAAAUGACGCCAACUAUGGGGAAAUUCUUCUCUGGAUCCAUAUAACUGCUAUAUGUAUGCGGGUAGACUUUCUUCAUUAAUUAUGAUAAAUUUUAUAUGGUUAUAAAAAAUUAUUAUCUAA